CCAGCGAUACCGCAAAACCCCCCAAACCACAACCACACAACAUGUCUCACGAGUCGGUCUGGUAUUCGCGUCCUAGGACCUACGGCAAGGGCUCCCGCGAGUGCCGUGUCUGCACGCACCCCGCUGGUCUGAUCCGCAAGUACGGCCUCAACAUCUGCCGUCAGUGCUUCAGGGAGAAGGCCGCCGACAUUGGAUUCGUCAAGCACCGCUAAAUACCCCACGAAUUCCAUGGCUGGAGUAGAGGAGGCGCAACGGAUGAUUACCCGACGACCCAACUCCUCCGACUCCCACGAGCGAAUAUCGAUAUGAGACUGGGGCGGAGAGAGCGUCGGGGCGGGAUGGUUCUGCAUGGCUUUCUUUCGGAAUGGGAAUUGUUUCCUCAUAUCAUGAUGAUGGUCGGAGGGAAGGUGUCUGGCAACGAUAACAAAAAUCCAUCCUGAAUUCACGACAACGUACUGCGUACCAUGUUCUGCCAGAUAGAACGAUAUGCUUGUCGGAGAUUGAAACGAAGCGCUGCUGAUGUUGUAGGAACGAUCUGAAUGAAACGAGGGAACGGGCGAAUCUGGAAAGCGAUAAGACCUGGGGCGUGGAUGAUCGGAUUCUUGAGAUGUGAUUGUUUCGAAGAAUGUCCCCGCGUAUUUGAACACAUCAACGCUGCCAUCAGGGUGCUCGCCCUCGAGUACUCAACCCCAUGC